AUGCAGGCUUUGAUGUUGGUAAUUGCUUAAUUAAUUAAAGAGUUUGGUAUGUUCUGAUGGGAGGGGCUUCCCCUACAAAAGGAGCCUCUCUUUCAGUUCAAAAAGGGGGACCGUUUUGAUUGAGCUGUUGAUGGGGCAGCACUGUUUUAGCUGUCCCAUAAUGUAUACUUUUGGUGGCAGUACUGUUUUUCUUCCGGAAUCACGAUGUAAAUAAACACCCUUACCCAGAAGUACUUUUGCGGCUUCCGCCAUCGUUUUAUUUGAUAGAGGUUAGGUUUUUCAGUUUAGCCUUCUGGCCUACUCUACGCGACAGUAAUAUAACCAUAUACAAUUUCAGUAGCACGUCUUCGCGUGAUGACUGUGCCAUCCCCAUGGCCUCCACAAUGGAUUAGUCCACUCAGACCAGCGUGAAUCAGACAGGGGUCUUGUACACCAUGACAUUUAAUGUAUUAUUUUGCUACUGCUCGAUUAAAGAAAUCUCGAUUGACCAACAGCCUAUCAACCAAACAAUCGACCAGUCGACUAAAUGGGGUCAGCCCUAAUAUAAACCAACCACGGUAUUUAAGGGGCAGUCUUUCUUCAAAAGUAUGUACAAUGUAUGCAUUGUCUUUUUUUGUUGGUACAUUAGGAGAAGCGUUAGAGCUAAAAAGCCCUAAAAAGGCAUAGCCCCUCAAGUAUAGAUGUAUUUUGCUUUGUUUUUUGUGUGUGUUGUUUGUUAAAUGUCUGCUCAGCCCACAUGCCCACAUAUUCUGUAUAUGUACAGUGUAUUCGUAAAGUAUUCAGACCCCUUCACUUUUUCCUCAUCAAUCUACACACAAUACCCCAUAAUGACAACGUGAAAACAUAUUAUUUUUUUCAUCACAUUUAUAAAAAUAAAUAAACGGAGAUACCUUAUUUACAUAAGUAUUCAGACCCUUUGCUAAGAGACUUGAAAUUGAGCUCAUGUUUCUACAACUUGAUUGGAGUCCACCUGUGGUAAAGUCACUUUUUCCACAUUUUGUUACGUUACAGCCUUAUUCUAAAAUGGAUUAAAUAAAUAAAAUUGUCCUCAAUCUACACACCAUACCCCAUAAUGACAAAGUAAAAACAGGUUUUUCGAAAAUUUUUAUUUUUUUAAACAACAAAAGAAAUACCUUAUUUAUAUAAGUAUUCAGACCCUUUGCUAUGACACUCCAUUGAUCAUGAGAUUUUUCUACAACUUGAUUGGAGUCCACCUGUGGUAAAUUCAAUUGAUUGGACAUGAUUUGGAAAGGCACACACCUGUCUAUAUAAGGUCCCACAGUUGACAGUGCAUGUCAGAGCAAAAACCAAGCCAUGAGGUUGAAGGAGUUGUCCGUAGAGCUCCGAGACAGGAUUGUGUGGAGGCACAGAUCUGGAGAGUACACCAUUUUCCCUUAUAUCUCAGCAUAUGUACAAAGAAGGCCAUUUUCUAAUGAUGAAUUGUACCUUAAAUUGUGAAAAAUACACAUUGAUUUCAUUGAAUGUCCCAUCAGGGGCAAAUCUGGUGUUUUUAGAUAGAAUUCAAGCUAUUUUAGAUAAAAUCCAGACAGGAACAAUUAUUUUAGCAGGUGAGCUACAUUGUACAUUUAAGAUUGACAGACAUAGUAAUAAAAAAGACACAUUUAGGGAGCCUCCAAAGAGGCAGAAACAUGUAAUCUCUACAAAUAAUGUACCUGACAACUGGAGAUUACUAUUCCCAACUACAAAAUACUAUUCCUUUUUUUCUCAAAGUAAGAAAAGCUAUUCAAGAAUUGAAUACAUUUAUUUUUCUUCAAAAAUGCACUGAACAAUUUAUUGGAUUCAAAAAAUAAUGAUAUAGUGAUAUCGGAUCAUUCUCCGAUAUCAUGCUUAAUUACAUUUAGCAACAGAAUUUGGAGAAUGAACAGAGCGCAUCUUCUGGACCCGAAUUUUAUUUAAAAUGUAAACUAAAAAAUAAAAACCUUUACCAUUACAAAUGUAGACAGAGGACAGAGGCGUACAUUAGGGGAAUGAUAAUCUCAUACUCGGCAAAAGUUAAAUCUGAUUUAGAAAUUAAAGAAAAAAAAUCACUAUCUUAAAAAGUAUCCCAAGAAGUAUCUCAAAAAGUAUUUACAAGGUAAAGAAGAAAAUAAAAGGUUAAACUGAAAUAACUACUUAAUGGAAAAUGAACCUGGUAAAUAUCUCGCAGCUCUCACAAAACAAAUAAAUGCUAAACCAGUUAUAAUUUUAAAAGAUAAAUAUACAAAAGCAGGAAUUAGAAACAACAAAUGCGAUUAAUAACAAUUUUACAAGUUAUUAUGACAAUUUAUAUAAAUCAGAAUUAAACAGUGGGAUGGGUCCUAUAGCCUUCUUAGACUCAAUAACUCUGCAGCAACUAUCAACAGACAAAAAAUAAUCUUUAAAAACAGAGAUCACCUAAGAAGAAAUAUUAGAUACUGUUAAAACAUUCGCACUCUCACGUUGUAUACUGAUAGAAGACAGGCGCAGGAAUGCGUAAUAGGGUUUUUUAUUAUUCCACCCAACAUAAGGUACGUCAUGGAAAACAACGGGGACGAAGCCCAAAACAAACACGUAUAUACAAUUUUGGGUUGACCAAUGUAGAUAUUUUCAAAUACAUCCAAUAUAAAAAAUGUAUAUCACCAAAUGUUGAUUAAAAAUCUAUUGGACAUCAGAGCAAUCUUGAGAGAAUUCUAUUUGAGUCAGAAAAUGAUAUUCAGAUGAUAGGUAAGCUAUACAAAACCUUGCAGAGAGAGCCUACACAACUGACAAUCUCUUAGAAAAAAAGAUAAACUAGUGGAACCAAGAUUAUUUUUAAAGAACUGAUAUGGGCACAAGAUGGAGGGAAUGUUGGAACAUAACUAACGAGAUUACAGUUAAUGAAAAUGUAUGCUUAAUCCAGUAUAAAGUAAUGUAUCGAAUUUAUUAAGAGACAAAAUUCCCAAAUUCUACAGCACAACUGCAGUCAUGUCUGAAGUGUAAAACUACUAAUGAGUCAAUAAUUCAUGCCUUCUGGGAAUGUUAAAAAAAUCCAAAGUUAUGGGCGGAGGUAUUGCAAUGUAAAUGUACUUUUAAUUAGUCUGUCUGUAUAUUUCAAGACAUGACAUAUGAGGGUGUAGUGAGAUACCCGAUGGGUUGGACAAUACUCUUCUCAUCAAUUAUCUUUAAAAAAAAACUUGUACUCAAAAACUGGAAAUCAGCCAAUCCUCCUCCGUUCACGCAAUGGAAAGGUCAAAUGCUUUAUUAUCUAAAAAUUGAAAGAGCGUGGGCGAUGGAGAGAAAGAAAAUGGUGCAGUUUGAGGCCAUGUGGCAGAAAGUGAUGUGUGCUGGAGAUAGGGGUGGGGGCUAGUGGGUCUAGGCAGGUGUGAUGUAGUGAUGUUUGUAUGAUGUAUUUGUUUGUAUGUGUAUGUUUUGUAUUGUUUAUAAAAAUGAAAAUUAAACAUAUUUUUUUUUAAAUAAGGAAAUUGAUUUGAUUUGACCUUUGCGUGACCCCGUUGACCUGUAUCCCCUGGGUCAGAUCUCCCUGGAGACGGAGCGUCUGGGGCCUCGUCGUGUGGAGGGGCUGAGGAGGGAGGAUGAGGAGUGGACGAGGAAGGCUCACGCUGCCGUCCUCUCCAUACAGGACCUCACCGUCAAGUUCUUCGAGACCACCGCCAGGGCUCAGAAAGGUAAGUUCUCACACACACACACACACACACACACACACACACACACAAACAAAGAAACACACACAAACAGAGAAACACACACAAACAGAGAAACAAACACAGAGAAACACACACAAACUCUGUAGAGACAAACUCCAGAGCUAUGCAUCAUCAACAGAGCAGAGCAGCCCAUAGACAGACUAUUUUACCGACACUCCCUCAGAGUCAGACCCUAAUCUCCAUGCUUUAAACUGCUUUAUCUAAACUCUUCCCCCAAUCACCCAAAUCACUAUAACCCAACUAUCAAUUGGCUCACACUCUGGUUAAAACCUCAAACAUAUUUUGUCUACCUUUGUCUACCUUUGGUCCUUUGUAGCUCAAUUGGUAGAGCAUGGCGCUUGUUACGCCAGGGUAGGGGGUUCGAUUCCCGGGACCACUCAUACGUGAAAUAUAUGCACGCAUGACUGUAAGUUGCUUUGGAUAAAAGUGUCUGCCAAAUGGCAUAUAUUACUACCCCCAAACAUAAACAGUGCAUUUUGUGAUCACUAUCGUGUUUAUUUAUUUUUCCAUCUUUUUGUGUGUGUAUUUUAUGUUUAAAAAAAUGUUUUUACAUCUGUGUGUGUUCCAGGGGUUUACGAGCGGAUGCGUGUGGACCAGAGGAAGUUUGGUAAGGCGGCGUGGGCUGCAGCUGUGGACCGUAUGGAGCGUCUGCAGUAUGCCGUGUCCAAGGAAACACUGCAGCUAAUGAGGGCCAAGGAGAUCUGCCUGGAGCAGAGGAAACACGGCCUGAAAGAGGAGGUACUACUACUACUACUGCUGCUACAAUACUACUACUAUACUACUACUGUUAUAAUAGUAAUAAACAGUCAGCUGAUGAGGGCCAAGGAGAUCUGCCUGGAGCAGAGGAAACGGUCUGGACAGGAGGUACUAAUAAUUCUAUAGCACUUUUCCAGACUCUCAAAGCACAUUGUAUUGGGGAAUCAUGCCUCAUCCACCACCAAUGCCACGGCAGCCAUUUUACACCAGAUAUCUCACCACACAUCAACUACCCACAAUGUCUUUCUGACCAUCUCUUUCUCUCUCUCUGUGUGUCUCAGAUGCAAAGCCUGCAGGAGGGAGAGGAUGCCAUGCUGCGGUUAGAUCAGAUGGAGGCGCUGUACUAUGAGCUCCAGUUGCAGCUCUAUGACAUACAGGCUGAGGUGCUGCGUUGUGAGGAACUGCUGCUCAACGCUCAGCUCGCCAGUCUACGCAGACAGAUCACUGGUAAUACUACACACUUUAUACCUUACUACUGACCAACAUUCAGACUAGGAACUGCUGCUUAAUGCCCAGCGCACCGGUCUACGCAGACAAAUCACUGGUACACAAUAAUAUUAUAUGUUUGGUUUCCUUUGCUUCCUUUGCUUCUUUACUUCCUAGUAUCUCGAUACAGGUAUCGUGACAACACUACUAUACAUCUAUACCUGUUACUGUUAAUCAACACUUAGCCUUUUAAUAACUGCUCAGCUCCAGAGCCUCUGUAGAAAGACUGUUAGUGAGGCCUACAGUACGAACAGUGUACCUCUCUGUGUCCUCUCUCCCACAGAGCGCCAGGACGAGGUGGUGUACUAUGAUGCGUAUGAGAGUCCCGAUGCCAUGCAGCGGGUGGAGGAACCCUCUGCUCCCCCCCUGCCCCUCAGAGAUGAGCUCAGCCAGCUGCAGCAGAGGACCAGACAGCUAGAGGCACGCAGGGGACGCAUCACCGCCAAGAAGGCCUACCUUAAGAACAAAAAGGUAAUUAUCAACCAAUCACAAACUUACCUCUGGACUUACUAACCAAUCAAAGCCAUGAAAGCCUACCCCUAGAACAAAAAAGAAGCAGAAGACUAAGACCAAUACUUUGUUUAUGUCUUUAAUCCUCCUGUAAUGUGUUGGCUCUAAUAUGUCUUGUUUAUCGAUAACCAGGAGAUCUGUAUCGUCAACCACAACCAGAAGAUACAGCAACGCCAAGGUAGUCAGGACGACCAGACAUCGCAUCAAGCACUGCAACAAGUACGUUGUCUUUCAUUAGUGUUUGUGUUCGAGAUUCCCUAAAACGCGCCACUUUGAUACAGCUAUGACCAGAAGUUACUUUUUUGUAGCAGGUUAGGAGAAUUAACGCAGCAGGGUAGGAGAAUUAACGUGGCAGGUUAGGAGAAUUAACGUGGCAGGUUAGGAGAAUUAGGUUAAGGUUAGGAAAAGGGUUAGGGUUAGCGAAAAUGCUCUCCUAACCUACGAAAAGUCACUUCUGGUUGUAGUUGUAUCGAAGUGGCGUGUUUUUAAGGAGUCCCGUUUGUGUUGAUUCAGUAUUACAGGGAUGAUGGUGAGUAUAGUUCCUCAUCCUAUCUGUGUUUCUCCGUAGCGAGGGGAGGAGCAGGAGGAAGAGGAGGAGGAGAGGAGAAACGCCAGAAUGAGUCUGGAUAGAUCGAGAACUCUGGACAGACUACGCAGCUUCAAACAGGUGAGGUCACCGCUACUUCUGAAGAACACUCUAAACCUCUCAUGUUAUGUGGAUCUUAGUUUAAUGCUGUGUUUAGACUCGGGUGAUGUUGUAACUUUUGGUUCUGUCUGUUGCAGCGUUUCCCUGGUCAGGUGACUCUGAAGUCCAGCAGACUGCUUAUGUCCCACGGCCACUCCCGGAAGAAAACCUCCUCCCCCCUCUCUCCCGUGGGGAGGCCUGUGACCCUAGCUGCCAGCGUCCAGACAGACACCGCUGACCUCUCAGAGCUCUCUGCCCCUCCCGCUGAUGCCUGUGGUCACCAGAGUGUCUCUCUACCCCCGCUAGGGGGCGCCACUGGGCCUCUCUCUGCCCCCUCCUCUCCAGCUCCUCUCUCAGCGCUCCCCUCCUCUGCACCUCCACCACCUCCUCCUCCCCCACCCCCUCCCUCCUUAGAGGACCUCUCCAGUGAGGGAGGGGAGCGGGCUCACCCCACUAGCCCAGUCCGGCAGUCCAAGGCUGGGUCGGAUUCAGAGCCUCUCCCCCUGGCUCCGUUCUCUCCACGGUUCUUUGACAGCAGUCAGCUGCAGACAGCCAGGAAGAAACUGAAGAAGACAGCCUCGCUGGACUCCUCACAGUGGAGGAGAGGUGAGACAUGACAACAUACAAAUACUGUAUUUUAAAGGAAUAUUUCUAAAUGACAAGUUGACUCGAUUUUUCUCUGACAUGUUCCAUUCUCCCAUCUCUACAGCGAGUUCCCCCAUGGACGAGGUCCUGAACUCCCUGAAGCGAGGCAGCUUCCACCUGCGGAAGGCAGAGCUCCGGGUCCUAGCCCCCGACCCAGACGAUGACGAGAGCAACAACAUCCUGGCCCAGAUCCGGCAGGGUGUCCGGCUGAGGAAGGUGCGGACGCGGCCGGACCAGCAGCGGCACACCAAGGGCUCGUUCCCCCACUCUGCCGACGCUCUGACCCGCUCCAUCCACGAAGCCUUGAGACGCAUCAAGGAGGCUUCGCCUGAGUCGGAGUCUGAGGACGAAGGCCUGCCCUGCACGGACUGGGAGAACUAG